AUGCGCACUGCUUCACCUCUACCAUCUCGUGUUAUCCUUAUCCAAGGACCACAGGAUAUAAAACUUUGCGAGAGUAAUGGAGAGACCGAGUCCUAUGCCUGUCUAAGUCACUGCUGGGGCAAGAAACAUAUCAUCAGGACGACUGCAUCUAAUCUGUCGCUCCACAAGCAACAAAUCAAGUGGGGCAGGCUCCCUCUCACAUUCCGGCAUGCCGUGUCUUUUGCCUAUCGCCUUGGCUUAAAGUAUCUCUGGAUCGACUCGCUGUGCAUUAUCCAAGACGAUGUUGAUGACUGGCGCCGCGAAGGAAGCAAAAUGGCUCAAAUCUAUUCUGGGGCUUACAUUACACUCGCUGCUACAGCAUCUCGAGAUGCAUCAAAUGGCUGCUUCCGCCGCGGCGUCCAACGCACUGUCUUCUGCCUCUCAUAUCCGGACGAAAAUGGUUCCAAGCUAGGCCUCUGCGUCCGGACAAGAUUAAAGAACGCCAGCUGGAUCUACGGCAGGGCGCCCUUGUUACCUCGCGGAUGGACAUUGCAAGAACGGCUACUCUCUCGACGGGUCCUGUAUUUCACGCACGAAGAGCUCGUCUGGGAUUGCAAGACCAAGCAAGAUUGCGAAUGCUCCAUCCCACCCCCCUUCACCCCACUCUCAAAUAUGUGCAACAUCUCGACAACAUGGUGCAAGCUCAUCGAGCAAUACACUCAACAACGCCUGACGUAUGAGAAGGAUGUUUUCCCGGCCUUGCAAGGUAUCAGCAAGAUGCUCUCUGUUUACACCAAGUCCCGCUAUCUAGCCGGUCUAUGGGAAAACACAGUGAUAUUGGGUCUUUUAUGGAUACGCUGUAAGAAAGAAUGGCAGCGGCCCCAAACAUGGCGUGCGCCAUCCUGGUCCUGGGCCUCUGUUAUAGGCGACGUGCGCUGGAACGACUACGUCUACCAAAGCUCUUUCCGCACGCUGGCCACGUACAUCGCCGCAGAGAUACAGCCACUGGGCGCUGAUGCCUUUGGAGAAUUAGCAUCUGCCAGUCUCACGCUGAGAGCUCGUUGUUUCUCCCACGCAGCGCAAGAGCCGUGGCUGCCUCUUACAUAUCCACGUGAAAACACGUCGUCGUGGCUUGAUCUAAAGCAUCAGCCUUGGAGCCCAGAUCGUGUCGAGGCCAUCGUUUAUCUCGAUUGCAAGGUACCAGAGUUUGACCAGGCGAGGCCGCAGAGCAAGAUGCUGCGCCCAGAGACGUGUGUCAAGACGGUCGUCAUGGCGCAGUAUCACCCCCAAGAAUAUAAGUACACCGUCUUUUACUGUUUGCUGCUGCGGAAGACGGGGCAAGGGGACCGGGCUACGUACGAGCGGUUUGGAUAUAUGGAGGUGUGGCCGCGAGAGGUGCACAUGGAUGCAUCUGAACUUCCCUUGGACGAAGAGGAGAUUUUGUACAUUGUUUAAAGUGAAACAGCACAUUUUAGCACAAAAAGAAAAGAAACAAUACGACCUGGAUUCUUA